AUGGUCCAAGAGAAGAAGCUAGUAGAUGAAGUGUCUGGUUGGCUUAGAAUCUACGACGAUGGUUCGGUAGACCGGACAUGGACCGGACCACCAGAGGUCAGCUUCAUGAUCAAACCGGUUGCUCCCCAUGAAGAAUUCAUCGAUGGAGUCGCAACACGUGACGUGACCAUAAGCACUACCACCAAUGACAACUUCAUCCACCGUGCUCGGUUAUACCUACCGGAGAAAACAGCAAAGGAUAAUGAGAAACUGCCUAUACUCCUCCACUUUCAAGGAGGUGGUUUUUGUAUUAGUGAACCGGAUUGGUUCAUGUACUAUGAGGUUUACACUCGGUUUGUUAAGUCUACUCGGUCUAUUUGUGUCUCCCCAUUCCUCAGACGAGCCCCGGAGCAUCGCCUACCCAUAGCCAUUGAAGAUGGGUUUGCAACGCUCCGGUGGCUUCAGUCAGUGGCCAAGGGAGACGCACAUGACCCGUGGCUUGAGAAACACGGCGACUUUGAUAAAGUUUUUCUCAUAGGAGAUAGCUCCGGAGGUAAUUUAGUUCAUGAAGUGUCUGCUAGAGCAAGCUCAGCCGAGCUGAGACCAGUUCGACUCGCAGGAGCUAUUCCCAUCCAUCCUGGAUACGCCCGGUCGGAGCGAAGCCAAUCCGAAAAUGAAAUGCCACAAUCACCAUUUCUAACAUUAGACAUGCUGGACAAAUUCUUGAGUUUAUCAUUACCAAUUGGUAGCAACAAGGACCAUCCCAUCACAUGUCCGAUGGGCGAGGUGGCCCCGCCUCUUAGCAGCUUCAAACUGCCGCCAUUUCUUCUCUGCAUAGCGGAAAAAGACUUGUUGAGGGAUACACAAAUGGAGUAUUAUGAAGCCAUGAAGAAGGCCAAUAAUGAAGUUGAUUUGUUUGUGAACAAGGAGAUGACACAUAGUUUCUAUCUUAACAAGAUUGCUGUGGAAAGGGACCCUACUGUUAGUGCUGAAAUGAAAGCACUUAUCGAUAGGGUCAAGGACUUUAUUGAGAAGCAUUAA